UAUGAUUGACAGGAUGCGUCACGCGGGGGAACCUAGCUGGAGAACACAGAAGGAGCUGGAGCUGCAACCACUUUGGGGACCCCGGUGGGAUCAUGCCGUACGUCCUGAUCAGCACGCAGAUCCGCAUGGAAGUUGGGCCCACAAUGGUUGGCGAUGAGCAUUCUGAUCCAAAUUUGAUGAACUACCUUGGAGCCACAAAAAGAAAUAUGCUAGGAAAUCAUUUCUGGGAAUACUAUGUGCAGGAUGCCCCCCGGAUCGUCUUGGACAAACUGGAGAAAUGUGGCUACCGAGUGAUCAGCAUGACGGGAGUGGGACAGACAUUGGUGUGGUGUCUCCACAAAGAAAUUAUACAGAACUCAAAUUAUCUGCCUGACUAAGAUAUUCCUGUAAAUCACUCAAAUGUAUGUUUUUAGGCGUCAUGACAGCAGAGUUAUUCAAAACCCUGUAUUUUGAAACAGACAUAAUUUCAAGAACAUUAUAGGAAUAAAAGUGGUCCACUUAAGUUUCAAGCGCUGGCAGAUUGGAACUUUCAUAGGAAUCAAUCAUUUUUGAGAACUGAUUUGAACCAGUGUUUGUAGAGUUAUCCUCACUUGUUGCUACUAAGUGAUAGCAACCUAGUAUUAUGAAAUUCACCAUGUAAGAAACAAGUCUUACUGGUGCAGGCAGUGGAAAGAUCAACCAGGAAAUGGCUAAUUCUGCAGACACUUAAAAAAAAAGAGAGAAUGCCAUAGAACAAAUUAGUCAUAAUUGAUGAAAAUAAGCUAUAGUGUUGUAUUGAAAAUUCUGUGGCUGUGAUAUGUGAUUUUCAACAAUUUACAUGUGCACUGCAAACAGAAGAUCCUGUAAAUAUUUCAAUGUGUGUUUUAUAAAUGUAUUAGUUGCCCCUUCGUUGCUGGAAUUAUUUUGAACUAUGUGUACUGAAAUCAUUCUUAAAGUAACUGGCAAAAGAAUAAAGAAUGAAAGGAAACUGAA